GGAAAGGAAAUAUCUGUUGAACUGAAUCUGAGAGAAUCAGAUUGACUUUGCUGUUUCCCAAAUUUCAGUAAUUUAACUGCAUACGAAAAUGAAACAAACAGCCAUCAUAAACUUCAAGUGUGUGCUGCUCAUAUUUUUGUUGACAUUUGACUGUAAUGCACAGGUGAAUGAAGAAGAUACUGAGCAGCCUCCAGAUGACUCUGGAGCUGAAAACACUUUCUUUGCCUUGCGGAGUUGUCACCGGUUGCUAUACAGUGACAGUGGUGAGUUUUUCUCCCCGGACUACCUAUGCUCCAAUCCUCCCCUGUGGUGCAACUGGACAAUCCAGGUGGAUCCGAGUAAAAGGAUUCAUCUCUACCUGGAGGAUUUGACCCCUGAUGACAUCUGUAACCUCAAACAGGACCAAAUCCACAUUGACGAGCCAGUUGGUGAUUUAGCGGGACACAAAGUCUUACAGAAGUGCUGGCAAGAGGCCAAAUACACCACCUCCUCCAAUAUUCUGUAUGUGGUGCUACUGAUUGGUGGCUGGCCCAACCCCCUGUACAGGGGCUUUUAUGGUCGCUACCAAGCAUUUGGAUCACCAGUCAUUUUUAACCCAGGGGAAGGCUUUACAGAGACAAGCAAUGAGUCAGAGACAUCUCCUGGGCUGAUGGACUUGAGUGAAUCUGGACCAGGUACGAAGAGGGAACAGAUGGGGUAUGGUUAUGAUGAGGAACAAUUAGCAAUGAUGACUGAGUUACCCACAGAGCCCAAGAUGCCUGCAGACACAAACACUUGGGUGGAUAAAAACAACCCUCCGUCCUUGUCUGGGAACUACACAACCAUGCCGACUGAAUCAGUGUCCACCCAAAGGACCUUCAGAUCAGGGAGAGGUAUCACUCACACCCGACUGGAAGUUACCACUGACACUACAACAGCAAAACAAAUGAAUGAGGAGGAAUCUACUGUUGCAGAGGAUGAGACCACAACUCUGAGCUGGACAGUGAAGGAGAACAUAACUGAGGUCAAUCAGACCUCAGUCCAGCUUCCCUCACCCUCCGACAGACAAGAAAUACAGCACACUGAUCAGACUCAUCCUCAGCCUAACAUGGUGGAGCCACUGUCAGACCACAGAUGGAACUCAAACAUGAAAAACGACUCAAACAUUCAACAUUUUCCUGGUGAUCACCUGUUUGAAGUGGCUAUAGAGAUCAACUUUAGUCAGGAUUUGGUGGAGUCUUGGGACAACCUGGCCAGAUCACUGCUGCUUUCAGUUAAAGCUUUGAUCAGCAAACAGCUGGAGGCUCUGCAUGAACAACUGUCAGUGUCUUCCAAAAGAAUAAAAAGGUUGCAUGCAGGAGUGCUGUACAUCCUCUGGCUGCAAGUUAGACAGGGACCUAGAGGCAUGCAUGUCCACAGGGCCAUCCACUCCGCUCUCCAGGGGCUCAUUGCCACUGGUAUCAACUUCAAAGGGAAUCUAAGAAAGGCAAUUAUCAUGUCUGUGUCAACUGCAGAUGUUAAUGAGUGUGGGACCCAGCUUGUUCAAUGUGACAUCAAUGCAGACUGUGUGAACCAGUUUGGCUCCUACUCAUGCCAUUGCCGGGCAGGCUUUCAGGAUGAGUCCCGCCUGGGAUCAGGAGGAACGAUCUGUGUGGACAUGAAGGCUGCAGGUUGCAGCUCAAACCUGUCCACUGAAACUAAAGGUGUAUACGUCCUUUUCUUCCUGCUCAGCUCACUAAUUCUGGCGCUGCUGGUGGUGGCCGGCAUGCUCUACCAUCGUCACCACUGGGGAAAAUUCCUAGUUCGCUGCCACAGCAACAGCAGCUUAUCCCCUUCUGACCCCAACAACAACCACCAGCCUGAGGAAAACUACUCCAAUCCCGCUGACUCUGACCCGCCUCCCCCAUCUCCACCUGCCUGGGGCACCAGAGAGUGCUGGGGCCAUGUAAAGGAGCAACGGCCAGUUGUGGAUCUGCAGCUGCUGCGCUUCAAUCUGCUGCACCCUCCAGACAGCUACAUGGAUCAGCAGGAGGGUGUGAACAGUCAAUGAUAAUUCAUCUUAAUUAUAUUCAGUAAAAUGUCUUCUUUAAUUUACUUUCUUUUUUGUCUGCAUUUUGCACUAUUUGUAAAUUACACAAUUAAAGUCACAA